UGUGUGUGUACUUAUUGUUAGUCGAGAGUGCAGAGUGUUGUCGUUUAUCAAGUAGUUAAAUGCCAAAAUGGCGGACUUCAAUGAUAUAAAUUCUCACAGUAUGACAGAAAAUAAUAUAUCCAAACGUUGUAAUAAUCAAUGGGUGCGUUUAAAUGUCGGUGGAACGUAUUUUUUGACAGCUAAAACAACAUUAGCACGAGAUCCAAAUUCGUUUCUAUAUAGACUAUGUCAAGAGGACUCCGACCUUAUUUCCGACCGGGAUGAAACGGGAGCUUAUCUGAUAGACCGCGAUCCCACGUACUUCAGUCCGGUCUUAAAUUACCUUCGUCAUGGAAAAUUAGUUAUAAAUAAAGAUCUCACUGAGGAAGGUGUACUCGAAGAGGCUGAAUUUUAUAAUAUUACUGAAUUGAUAAGACUUGUCAAUGAAAGAAUAAGUAUAAGAGACACACGACCAACUCGUGAUUCUAAAAAACAUGUCUAUCGAGUACUACAGUGCCAUGAAGAUGAAAUUACACAAAUGGUAUCGACGAUGUCCGAUGGGUGGAAAUUUGAACAGCUUAUUAAUAUUGGAUCGCAAUACAAUUAUGGGAAUGAAGAUCACGCUGAAUUUUUGUGUGUCGUAAGUCGUGAAUAUGGACCGAGUCAAUUGACAAGUAAAGAGCAGGAAUCCACCGAUCGUGUAAAGGUGUUGCAGCAAAAGGGUUCACGAAUGUAAUCAUUACAUACUUUGAUUUCUUCCUCUGCCCAGUCUACUAUUAUUUCUAAUAUUACAUUUAAUUAAAUUAAAUUAAUUAAUUAUUUUAUCCGCUAAUAUAUAUAUUUUUAGCGAUACAUCUAUCUAGUAAUGCGAAGACUGUUUUAUGUUUUUCUUGUGAUUAAUUUUAUUUACAAUUAAUAAUUGUUAAUCAAUUAUUUUUCUCGUUAUUUAUUUUUUAUUAUCUAUAUAUUAAUAUUAAUUAAAUAAAAAAAAAGAACAAAAAUAAAAAAAAAAACAAUACGAGAUAAAUUUAAAAAUAUAAAAAAAUCUUUGUCAUUUAAAAAUUAGUAACAAGGACAAUAUCGAUUUACACGAGUUAAUAGAAUGUAAAUUUAUACAAGCGUAAUCGUGACUAUCUAUUAUAAUUAAAAUAAAUAUAAAACAUUAUAAUUGGAAACAUUGACAUUUUACGAUAGUUAUUAAGGAUUAGAAUUUUGUACUAAAUUAUUGUAAAGAAAAAAAAAGUUAAGGGAAAACAAAUAAGAUUUUUUUUUUAUUUAUAAAAUAAAUUAAACCACUAGCGCACUGCCGCCGUUUGAGAAAUAAAUAUAAAUAAAAUACGAUGCAAAAACAUAAAAUUGAAACUUUUAUAACACGAUAUAAAAUAUUAUAAAUUAUUAAAAUAUAUAAUCAACAAUGGCAAUUAUAAUAUUAAAUCAAACAUGAUAUAUUAAUAUUUAUAUAUAUAUAUACAUGUAAAUAUAUUGAAAGAAAUAAAAAUUUCAUAAAACAGUUUCUAUAAGAGGACCAAACUC